UCGCUAUCGCCAUCAUCCAGUCAGUGUUACCUUUGACGGUCGAACGUUGUGGUCGUUCGUCGUCCGUCAGUGACGUCGAUGUCGACAUUCGUAUAACACGUCUAUGAUGUUUCGGUGAUUUCAAAAUCGGACUCGUGAGUGAACGAUAAAUUACUAUCAAAUACUGGAACACAGUGAUACAUAUUCCACCCUGGAUUUGGAUGCUUAUUGGUGAAAAGUGACAUUUUGGAUAUUUGAAAAAUUAAUAGUGCAGUGAAAAACAUUUAAAGGAUUGCAACCAACAAAGUGAUAAACAUUGGAUUUGAAUGGAUGAUAAUUGAAGUGAACUCAAAGCACAUUAAUCGUGAAGUGAUAGUAAAAAGUAAAUGGGGGUGACUUGAAGCGACAGGACGGCGAACUCUAGCAGCGCGACUGGAUACGCAAACCCCGCCAUCACCUACCCAGGAGCACCAGCUCCGGAUACUGGCAAACACAACCCCCAUCAAGGGACCAUUGGCUACAGAGUUAACACCCCUAGCGGCUAUGGGUGCGCCGGCGGUCCGGGCGCGAUGAGCGGCGGGGGCGAAAACGCGCAGUUUGGCGCCACCGCCGCAAUGGUCGCCGCCGCCACCACGGCUGCGAUGCAGGACUCGCAGUCAUUCUCACAGAUGCAAAACAUGACGAUGGGAAAUCCCCAAUAUGGCGCGAUGAAUGGCUAUGGCCAACAGCGCAGCCAUAAUCCAGCUAUGACAGGCAUGGGCAUGGGAGGUAAUGGCGGCAUGAAUGGUAUGACCGGAAUGGGACAAAUGGGAAGUGCUGCCAUGAACGGCAUGAACCCCAUGGCGCAGAUGGCGAAUAUGGGUAUGCAUGGAAACAUGAUGCCCUCUCAGAUGGGACCUGGACAAAUGGGCGGAUCAGCAAAAAUGGGUCCAGGCUAUCAAAGGCGACAUACGCCUUAUCCAUCUGGUACUAUGUUAAUGGGACAAAGGAAAACGCAGUAUAUGGGUGGUCAGCCUAGUUUUGGACCGGGACAGUAUCCUGCAGGCUAUGGUGGAAGACCAGGAUUUCAAGGUCAAUACCCCCCUCAGCAACCGCUUGGGCCUACCGGGAACUUUGGAGCGGCAAUGAGAGGAACUAUGAGGCAGACAACGCCCCCAUAUUCCAAUCAAGGACAGUAUUUUAACGGCGGUGUGCCUAAUCAAUUCCCACAACACCAAAGCGGAAAUGGACAGUAUGGUGGAGGUCAAUAUAGUGGCCAGUUUGCACAAGAAGUUGUCAUGCGAACAAAUAUGAGCUACCAACACAGUCCUGUGCCUGGAAACCCUACGCCACCUUUAACGCCAGCUAGCAGUAUGCCUCCAUAUAUAAGUCCAAACGCUGAUGUCAAACCCCACUUUAAUGAGCUCAAACCACCUAUGGGGAUGCAAAAUGGCAUGUAUGUUUUUACAGAUGAUGAGCUCCGAUUAACAUUCCCUGUAAGAGACGGUAUAAUAUUACCACCAUUUAGAUUAGAACAUAAUUUAGCAGUUAGCAAUCACGUAUUCCAAUUAAAGCCCACGGUCCAUUCAACAUUAAUAUGGCGAUCGGACCUGGAAUUACAACUAAAAUGCUUCCACCACGAAGACCGGCAAAUGAAUACGAACUGGCCGGCGAGUGUUCAGGUGUCAGUCAACGCGACGCCAUUAGUCAUAGAUAGAGGCGAAAACAAAACAUCUCAUAAACCGUUGUACCUGAAAGAAGUGUGCCAACCAGGCAGAAAUACUAUACAGAUCACAGUCUCCGCCUGCUGUUGUUCACAUUUAUUUGUAUUACAAUUAGUACACCGGCCGAGUGUCCGAAGUGUCCUCCAAGGAUUAUUAAGAAAGAGAUUGUUAACAGCAGACCACUGCAUAGCAAAAAUUAAAAUGAACUUUAAUCAAGCACCGACGAAUAACAAUGGCUCAAACACCGCAAAUGACAGGGACAGUGUCGAACAAACCGCAUUGAAAGUAUCGUUAAAAUGUCCAAUCACAUUUAAAAAGAUCACAUUACCAGCACGUGGCCACGAGUGCAAACACAUACAAUGCUUUGACUUAGAAUCCUAUUUACAACUCAAUUGCGAACGGGGUUCGUGGAGAUGCCCUGUAUGCAACAAACCAGCACAAUUAGAAGGCCUAGAAGUCGAUCAAUACAUGUGGGGUAUUCUCAAUACACUUAAUAGUUCAGAUGUCGAUGAAGUUACAAUUGACAGUGGAGCUAAUUGGAAAGCUGCUAAGAAUCCCACUAAUUCCGGAAUAAAGCAGGAAGAUGACAGCAACGACAACAGUGUAGGGAAACGAGGAAAAGCGGUAUCACCAGGCUCUAUGAACAUGCCCACAAUGAACAAUUGGGAAAUGAAUCAAGCAUUAUCACCAUAUCUUCCCCCUGAUAUGAAUACUAUUGCUAGCGGGUCAAUGAUCUCAUCAUACAACCAAAGUGGGCAGAAUAGAAACUCUGGCUCAAGUAACCAGAACUACGACUUUGGAAUGAAUAAUGGACCUGGUAGCAAUGAGUUUGCUGGCAAUGGACCACUAUCACAUUUAAAUGAAAGUGUCAAUUCAUUAGACCCACUAAAUGCGAUGGAGAAGAGCAUUAAUGAACAGAUGCCGCACACUCCGCAUACGCCGCACACGCCCGGCUCUGCGCACACGCCGGGUGGCGGUGGCGCACACACACCUGGGUCGUCACAUACGCCCGGCCCACCCUCAGUAGGUCACAGUCUUACUGACGUGGACAUCCCGAGCGAUCUCAACUUUGAUCCCGCAGCCGUCAUCGAUGGAGAGGGCACCGAUAAUCUCAAUCUGUUGCCAGAAACGAGUGUGGACCCAAUGGAGUUACUGUCAUAUCUAGACGCACCAGCGCUCGGAGAAUUACUGGCGACGCCGCCAUCAUCGUCAUCAUCGGCUGGAUCGCACCCACCUCGUGCUCCCUCUUCUGACGAUCUCUUAGCGCUCUUCGAGUAAACAUCCUCGCAAUUCGUAGCUGAUCGAACAGAAUGCCUAUGAGCAACACAUAUAUGUAACCGCCACGAAGGGAGCCUUCCCCACCGUGAUAUAAUUUAAAGUUUUGUUAUCAUUACAUUUAUCAUAAUUAUAUUUAAGCUGAAUUAAACUUGUUAAUAAUAAAUCAACCUUCUUUCGUGGUCCGUAGUAUUAAAAAAAUAAUUUGAAAUAAAUGCAAAUGAGAAUAUCUGUGUGUUCUUGCGACAAGGUUAAUUGAUACUCGAUCAGCUUAGGUCUAGUGAGGCAUUGGCUCAACUCGCUUUUAGGCCAGCGAAGCCCGAAAUUGUGAUACUAGAUUUUAGUUCCUUCUCCAAUUGUGACAAUGUUAAACAUAGCAUGUUGAAGUCUAACUAAAUGAAUCUCUGCCGCCUUAUAAGGUCAAUGUGUCUUCAAAUUAAGUUUGCAAUAUUUAAUAUUGUCGCACGAAACACCAGUUGUUGAAACAAUGGUGUUGGAGAACAUUUAUUAGCGUAUAGGUAAAGUAUUGAGGCGAGGCGUUCGCCGCACCAGCCAUAGACACUGCGGUUUUGUGCAUGUAUAGUUCCUCGCACCGCCGCAUACGGUGGCGCUACUGGGCUCCUUAUAUUCUAAACUCUAGCAUAAACUGUUACACAAAUUUUCAUUAUAUGUAUAAUUCAAUUUCAUAUUUGACAUGAUGUAAUCAAUUAGAUUUUUAUUUGUGACCAUAAUUUGUGAAUAGUUCGCCGAUGUACAUAAAGAGGAGUUAUUUAAUUUGUGCUAGUUGUUUGGUACUGUGGGCAGAGUCGUCGCAAUUUGUACAUAUAAUGCGUUAAUGCCGCGCGCGACCGCACGGAGGCAUUAUGAAUCUUAUAGUUCCUAUUCGAUGCGAGCGAACUAUAAUGUUCAAUUGCCAUUACUGUAAAAUUCCUUGACGUUUUCGCAUAUACUGCAUUUUUAAAAAGUAAGUAACGAUAGGAUUAGUGAGUAUAGCACUACUCGCAUAAUGGGUGAUAUAAUUAAUCUAAAUGAAUUGUUUGAAAUCAAGAAAUAAAUUGUAACAAAUACGUUACAAAACUAUAUUGUAAAUGUGAGUGCAAAAAUGAACUCUAUUAAAUUAUUUUGCGUUAUGUGAAGCGAAGAAUGAUAGAAAUAUAUUUUAAUUUCUAUAUAAAAUGUAAUGAACUGUAUUAUUUGUACAUAUAAAUUUAGCUAAGAAUAUUAUAUUACCUAGUUAUAUUUUAGGAGAACAUGGCAGAUACUUAUAUUGACGGCCAGUUUAGUAUAGUAUUACUAAAAUUAAUAAAAAUCUACACAUGGUUUUACAUGUACAUAAUUCAAAAUACCACGUUAGACAAGAUUACAUGCGGUCAGAGUACACAAGAAUGAUAUCAAGUUGUUUAAUUCAUUUCUUAUUUUCGUACGAAUAUUUCUUACUAUAAUUUUAAUUUUAAAGUAAAAACAAAUAAAUAAAUCUUUAAUUUUUAGAGGAAACAAUAAAGAGUAUCUGUCUAUAAAUAUGCAAAUAACUACAAUUAGUAGUUAAUUUAAUCUCAUAUCUUAUAUCCCCGUUAGUUGUAAAUCGAUUUAGAAAAUUAUUUUUUAUCUGAAAAGAUUGGUCUCAUAGAAAUUCUAUCAAAAUUGGUUCAGUGGUUUAGUUUUUAUUUUGUGGAACGCAAUCUUAAUUAUUUUAAUCAACUAUAUUUAAAAAAACAAAACACUAGUUUCAUUUACAUCACAUUUUAAUAAAUAAAAUUUAUUAUUUUCAAACAAAUAGUAAUUGAAAUUUUCAAUGCUAUUACAAAUUGAAAGAACAGGUAUCACAAUUUAAUACCUUGCUCGUUCUGUACUCUGAUACGCUUCGAUUUCACAAGUGCAAAUAUACAUUAGUAAAAUGUCAUUAGUCUUUGCUCAUCGUAACUUUGUUUCGAUAUAAUAGAUUAUUAUUUAUAUUUAAAACAAAUAAACUAUUACAAUUUAAUUCAAUCAAUAAUGGAAUCAUAAUUUUUUAUUGCGUAUUCAUUAUUUUAUUGGAUUAAUUUUAUAUUUAUUACUUUGUCACUUAAGUUUUCAUAUAUUCACAGAGGCGGAAUGACAAUGGUGAUGAGCACUGAAUUGGCAAAAAUCUUGUUUCACAUAUUUUCAAAUGUUUUAUUUUUAUUUCUUUUCUUUCUUGACAUCGAAGCGCUAUAUAUUGACGAACGUAUGGGAAUAUAAAUACAUUUAUUUAUUUACACAAAUUAUAAAGCGCAAGGUUGUCAAAAGUGGAAAUUUCUAAAUGGAAUUAAGUUCCCAUUAAAAAUCAAAUCAUUAUUACUCCAUAAUUCAUUUAGAUGUUGUAAAUUUUUCUUACAUACUUAUACUGUUAAUAAAAUAUAAAAAUAACAGUUUAUAAAAUAUCUCUAACUUAGAGUUGUAUGUAAAACUGUCGAUCCUUUCACUAACUUAUGUAAAAAUUGGUGAUUUGCGCAUCUUUACUUCAUGCUAUGAAUAUGGACGCCUCUUUAGAGUUAGUCAAACUAUUACGAAAACAAUAAAAUUAGUAUUAUACAAAGCAGUGGUCAAUUACUCAAACAAAUUGAUUGACGUGCGUGUAUUAUUUUAUCAUUUUUCUUUUUUUUUAAUGACAUAUGGCUGAAUAGACAAACGUAUGGAGAUUUUGUCUGUAUAGUUGAUCACAGCUUUCACAUAAUAUACAUACUUUUAAGGGACCUUCAAUUCCAGUUAGCUAGUUCUAUUUAUUGUAGUGAAUAUUGCUGUUGGAUGAAUCAUCGGAAUGAUUUUUGUGAGACCAAAUAGUAAUUUUUUACAUAUUUACCUGUUUUAGGUAAUUUAAAUAACGAAUUUGUUUAUAUAAAAUCGAAAAUAUCACAAAAAAUGUAUAGCAUAUCACAUUUAAAAUACACAAAAAUCUAAUGUAUGAUUCGUCCACACAAUUAAAUGAUUACAAUAUAUUUUGUUGAUUAUUAUAAUGAACUGCUGUGGAGUAGUAGAUUUUGUGCUCGUACAAAUAUAAGAUUCAGCAUUUGGAAAUAAGUGAAAGAAGAAUUCUAAAUAAGGUAAUCUGCAAACCAUGACUCCGAGUUCAUGCGACGCCAAACUGAACUGUAGUAUAAUACAUUUUCAAUUUAUUGUAAACAUUUUAGUAACCCGGUUGGUAUCCAAUACAAUUCAUUUCGAAAUGUGUAAAAUGAAAAAUAAAACAUAACAUUUUUAUGUUAUUGAAAAUAAAAUGACUUCAAAAAUUA